UAGUCGGUUAAACCUAUGAGGUUGAUCCUUCUGCAAUAUAAACAAAAAGCUCAUAAUUUCGUUUUACAAAAUGAAUAUGAGUCUAUGAAGUAUUAAUUAAAAUUCGUCUAUAAUAGAGAAAAAACCUCGAACCCUAAAAAUAUUAAAAAAGAAAACGAAGCUUCAAGUAGAAAGUAUAGAACGUCAAAAUAACGAUUAUUUGUUUAUAUUUGAAUGCCUUAUUCACAAAAUAUUCCCCUCAAUUACAAGCUAGAUGGUAUAAACUAGCAGUAGUUUGCCUCAAUAUGAGUGAAUUUAAACUUCAACAUGUUGUUGCAAAAUUAUUACAACAAUUGGGGGGGCAUGUGCAGCCAGAAGAGUUGGUUGAUUAUCUACAAAAAGAUCUAAAUAGAAGCACUGGAUCAAGCUGUUCGGGCUUACAGAUGAUUCAAGAAAGUCAUGUUCAGAAUCUUGUAGAAAAAGUAUCAAACCCACAGCCAUUUUUAGCAAAAUACAAUGAUUUGAAACAAAAGAAUGUGGAUUGUUUAAAUUUGUACAUGCAGUUACUUAACAGUAUUUCCCGUGAUAGCGGGGUAAAAUCUUUGCUCUUGAAGAGCAAGAAACAACCUUUUUCAAUUUCAGAAAUAAUUACUCGAGAUACAUUACCACAGGUCAAAAGCAGAUUGAAGGAGAAUAUAAAAAAUAUGCCCGUAGGGGAUAUAAGCAGUAUUUUAAAUGUAUCUGCAUCCAUACCCCUAGCUUCCACACCAUCAGUGGCUUCUUGGGUUCAGAGAAGGCCAAAUAUGUCACUUGAUUUUUCCACACAUAGCUUUGGAAGUUACACAGCAGCAAUUCCUGAAGUUUCCCAAGAAAAUGUGCUUAUUGAGGAUUUGUUGAACGUUCUUAUAGGUCUUCCAGGAUGUUAUAUAGAACCGGAAGAGUUAAGUGAUAUUUAUGGCCCUAGGAUGUUUAGAAUAAAUGAUAAUGUGCCUCCAGCACUGCAAGAACUUGUUAAACAGAUACUUCCCCUGGCCAGUCAUUAUUCUGUGAUACAAAGGUUUACAGAAGAAAAGAUGAGGUUUGAGUUUGGUCAAGUGAAUAAUGCCCUGGCAGAAGCUAUGCAGAGGCUUAUUAAAGACCAUAUGCUAUUUGUUGUCCAACUUGAGACGGAAUUCCGAACAAAUAAUCUAAAUUUACAAAAAGUGUGGUUCUUUGCACAAAGAAACAUGCAAUGUCUCGGUGUUGCUGCGGGUAUAGCAUUUUCUAUAAGCAAGUCCAAUGCAAAAGGUGGUAAAGUUUUAAGCCUCUUGCAUGACAGUGUGAUAAAUUCAAUUGGGGAUGAAAAAACUCAGCAGUUGUGCCUCCGACUUAUGGAAGAGGCUUGCCAACCAUAUAUGAAAAUGUUGGGAAUGUGGAUAUACAGAGGAAUUAUUUCGGAUCCAAUAAGUGAGUUUCUGAUAGAAGACAACGAGGUAAUUCAAAAAGAAGACAUGCCCGUUGACUAUUCGGCCGACUAUUGGGACAAAAAGUACUCAAUCCGACGAGAUGGAAUACCAAAAUUCUUAGAUUCGGUUUCCGAUAUUAUAUUAAAAGCCGGAAAAUAUCUGAAUGUGAUCCGUCAGUGUGGAAAACCAGUGAAAAACAAAGUCCAUCCGAUUCAAUACAAAAUUGAAGAGAAGCACUAUAUUGAGGCGAUUGAGAAGGCUUAUAUGUUUGCGAGCCAAACACUGUUAGACCUGGUAAUUAAGGAAAAGGAUCUUAUCGGUCGAUUGAAAUCCGUUAAACAUUAUUUUCUGCUCGAUAAAGGCGAUUUCAUAGUAACAUUUUUAACUCUGUGUGAAAAAGAAAUGAAUAAAGGUGUGGUGGAUGUUAUACAGGGCCGAUUGGAAUCUCUGAUGGAUUUGGCUUUGCGUCUUUCUAGCGCUGUUAACGAUCCUUACAAGGAUGAUCUGAGGACUGAAUUACUGCCUUUUAAUUUGCAGUAUCAGAUGUUUAAAAUAUUGAGCAUACAAACUAACUCAGAACAGGAGUAUUGGACCAAUUCCGAUCCCAAACAGCUGUCCGUCAUAGAAUCUUUUACAUUUAGUUACGAAGUGCAUUGGCCGUUAUCUCUCAUACUUAAUCGAAAGUCUUUGGCACGUUACCAGAUGAUUUUUCGCCAUUUGUUCUAUUCCAAGCACGUGGAAAGGAUGAUUUGCCAAGUGUGGAAGUCAAAUAAGGUGGCUAAAAAAUUUCACUGUGAAGACGCAAGGCACUAUAGGGAAGCUUUCGCACUGAGGCAGAAGAUGCUUCAUUGUAUCCAAAAUCUGGAAUACCACAUGAUGGUCGAGGUAAUAGAGCCCCAUUGGUGUAUGUUUUUACAGAAAAUAUCUAAGGUUCAAAAUGUUGAUGAAAUUUUAGCGUGUCACUGUGAUUUCCUAGAUAGCUGCCUUGAAGAUUGUAUGUUAACAAUACCGGAGAUCUUGAACACCGUCAUCGACUUGCUAAAUAUUUGCGUGGAUUUUUGCAAAUUUAUGCAAAGGAUGCAGCGCUAUUUUGUGGAAGCGGAGUUGGGCUCAUUGCCAAAUUCGUUUUACGAAUCUUUUAUGCAGAAUGACGUAAUGAUUCUCAGUAGCAGCCACGAAACAGAACUAGAUUUAAGCUUUAAAGACAAAAUAGGAGCAUUUGACGCCCAGUUCACCAAGUCUAUUAGAACUCUCUUGGCGCAAAUUAAUAAUCUGAACAAAGAUACUAGCGAACACGACAGGUUGUUUAACUUGCUCUAUAGGUUGAAUUUCAAUUCGUACUAUACUGGAGGAUUGGUGAAUUCGUCUGGUUAAUUUUCUGGGUGUUCAUUCGUUUUUAUAUUAAUUUAUUUUAUGUAAAAAUAUCUCUUUAAUAUUAAUAAUGUGGUUAUCAAAGGACAAAACAAGAAAAUGAAAGCAAUUUUAACUUGAAAAGCUAAACUUC